AUGCCGGUCGCAAUUGUCACUGGAGCCAGCUCUGGAAUAGGACGCGCAGCAGCUAUUCUGCUUGCAAAAAACAAUUAUAAAGUUUCUUUGACUGGAAGAAAUGUUGCCGCGUUGAAUGAACUAGCUGGACAAAUUGUGAGUGCUGGAAGUGAUAAGAACGAUGUGUUAGUAACUGCUGUCGAGCUGGCUUCCGAUGAAGCACCAAAAAAAAUUGUAGAUGCAACUGUACAACACUUCGGUAGAAUUGAUACAUUGAUCAAUUCCGCUGGAAUUCUGCGUGCUGGUCCAGUUCUCGAAUCAGGAAUUGAAGUUUACGAUGAGUUAAUGAAUGUGAACGUUCGUAGUCUAGUAAGACUAACACGUGCAGCUCUUCCGCAUAUUAUUUCGACAAAAGGAACUGUGGUUAAUGUUAGCAGCAUCAAUGGUCCAUGUCCGUUUCCGAAUGUAACAUAUUACUGUAUGUCCAAGUCAGCUGUCGAUCAAUUUACAAAGUGUUUGGCUCUUGAAAUGGCACCGAAUGGAGUUCGUGUCAAUGCUGUCUGCCCCGGGGUCACGGUCACCAAUCUUCAUCGUACAUCAGGCCAAGAUGAGGCAACCUAUUCUGCGUUCUUAGAACGCAGCAAAACGACACACGCUCUCGGCCGUCCAGGUGAUGCCAAUGAAGUCGCCGAAGCAAUCUACUUUCUUGCCUCCGAGAAGAGUUCUUUCACAACUGGAGAACUUCUUCGUGUAGAUGGUGAGUUAUCAACUAUGCCAGUUGCUAUAAUUACUGGCGCUAGUUCUGGAAUAGGAAAAGGUACUGCACUUUUGUUUGCCAAAAAUAAGUACCAACUUUCACUGACGGGAAGAAAUUUGGAUGCAUUGAAAGAAGUUGCAGCACUUUGUGUUUCAGAAGGUGGUGUAGAUCCAAAUGAUGUUCUGAUAACUGCCGUUGAGUUGAGUUCAGACGAAGCGCCAAAGACGAUUGUUGAUGCAACAGUGCAUAAAUUCGGGAGAAUCGACACAUUGGUCAACUCUGCAGGAAUUCUACGAUCCGGACCAGUACUUGAAUCCGGAAUUGAAGUUUUCGAUGAGUUGAUGAACGUGAACGUUCGUAGUUUAGUUCGAUUGACUCGUGCUGUUCUGCCAUAUAUAAUUUCAAAUAAAGGAACGGUCGUCAAUGUGAGCAGCAUUAACGGACCUUGUCCGUUUGCUGGAGUAACUUACUAUUGUAUGACCAAAUCUGCUGUUGAUCAAUUCACCAAAUGUCUAGCUCUGGAAAUGGCUUCAAACGGUGUACGUGUGAAUGCAGUAUGUCCUGGUGUUAUUGUUACAAACAUUCAUCGAACUUCCGGGCAAGAUGAGGCGACAUACGCUGCUUUUCUCGAAAAAAGCAAAACAACACAUGCCCUUGGUCGUCCUGGAACUACAACAGAAGUGGCUGAGGCAAUUUUGUUUUUGGCUUCGGAUAAGAGCUCUUUCACUACUGGUCAACUUCUUAAGGUCGAUGGCGGUCGUGGAAUUAUGCAUCCACGAUAA